AUGGAGGUGUGUGUCAUUGCCAAGUGCACAUAUAAGUCGGAAACCAUCAUGUUUUCAGUUUCAUCAGAGUCAUCCAUGGUUGAUAUUUUGAAGACUUUGUGUCUGAGGUUUAGGGGUUUGCAGUUGGGUUGUUUCACAUUACGGUAUUCGGUGCCCAGUUAUCCGAGUUGUUUUCUAGAAACGGAUAGCGAUUUGGACUUGAUGAGGACAUUUUUGUUGAUAUCAAAUGAGAAGACUGUUGAUAUUUUAGUGAAGGAUUUAUGCGGGAUAAGUGAAUAUAGUGGUGAUUUUUGUGUAAAUAAGGAGUUGAUAGCAUGUGAAAAGGGCGAGUCGUCGUGUUCUAGUACUGUCGAAGACAGAAACGAGGUUUUGGGCAGGUCGAAGAGAGCAAGUGCUAAGCCUUUGUUGUCAAAUGAGUGGGAGACAUACAUACAUCAUGUGGGGCAGAAGUUUGACGGUGGUGCAGAGGAGUUCCGGUUGAAAUUGUGCAAGAACGCUCUUGAAGUAGGAUUUAAUUUUUUAUAUGCCGGCAAUGACAAGAAGCGGGUGGUUGCUGUUUGUUCGAAUAAGAAAUUGGAGGGUUGCAGCUGGCGUGUUUAUGCUUCUCGUUGUGAAGCUACUGGCAGUUUUGUGAUUCGGACGUUAAAUAAUGUUCAUACAUGUGCGGGUCGGAUACGGGAAUCAAAGAGUAAGAUGAUGAGGUCUCGUGUGGUGUCCUCCCUCAUUGUGGACAGAAUUCGUGCAAAACCCGAGCUGAAGCCAGUUGAGAUUAUACACGAGUUCAAAGAUUAUUAUGGUAUAGACAUUUCAUACUACCACGCAUGGUUUGGCAAAGAGUUAGCUAAAUUGGAUGUUCACGGUGAUGAGUCGAAGUCCUUCAACGAGUUAGUGUGUUGGAAUUAA